CCAUUCUCUUAACACCUAAUUACUACGGUUUCGUUCACACAACCUCAUCUAACCUUCAAAUAGCACCCCAUUUAGGAACGUCCUACAUAUACACAUGAACAGCUAGCUGAUAGCUUCCCUGUCAGACACAUGCGCACACUCACACCGAGAGAGAAAGGCAGAGGACAUGGGGAGGAAGCCAUGCUGCUCCAAGGAGGGCCUGAACAGAGGAGCGUGGACGGCAAUGGAGGACGACAUCCUGGUCUCCUACAUCAACGAGCAUGGCGAGGGCAAGUGGGGCAGCCUCCCUAAACGAGCUGGGCUGAAUAGGUGCGGGAAGAGCUGCCGGCUGCGGUGGCUCAACUACCUCCGGCCGGGGAUCAAGAGAGGCAACAUCUCCGACGACGAGGAGGAGCUCAUCGUCAGGCUCCACAGGUUGCUAGGCAACAGGUGGUCGCUGAUCGCGGGGCGGCUGCCGGGGCGAACAGACAAUGAGAUCAAGAACUACUGGAACACCACCCUGAGCAAGAGGAACCAGCAGCAGCCCCACCCCCACGGCGCCGGCUGCUCGAGCCACCCGCAGGCCAAGCCGCCGCCGUCGCCGCCGCCGGAGGGCGCGGGCAGCAGCCCGAUACGGACCAAGGCGCUGCGGUGCACCACCGCGGUGGUGGCGGCAGAAGCAGAGGGUUUUGGCGAGCACGGCCGGGCGGCGCCGGAGGAGGAUCUGCUGGGGGACUGCCUGUCGAUCGGGUCCAUCGACCUCGAUCUGGAGGGCGUCGAGCUGGGCUUCAUGAUGAGCCCGUGGAACGUCGAUGGCGUGGGCGGUCAGUGUUUCGGUGCUCCCGGGGCUGAGGCUGGCGGUCUUGAGGAGCUGCUCGGACUGGGCGUGCCCGGAGGAGACGGCGACGGCCAUGGCCAUGGUGGGCUCGGGGACCUGGAGUUGCCUUGGCUUUGAUAGCCGGGAGAACGGUGAAGAUGUCAAAUGUGUUUGACGUGAAUAAUAGUUACAUGCAGUAAAUUAUUGCGACUUGCAUGGCUCGGUUCAUCUUGUGUGUACAAAUUACAAGCGGCUGGCGCUGUAAAUAAAGUAAUGGAAUGCGAUAAAAAAAGGAUCGCCCACCGUGGGGCUCGAACCCACGACCACAAGGUUAAGAGCCUUGCGCUCUACCAACUGAGCUAGA